GCGGUGUGUGCAGGCUGAGCAUGCUAGAUUGUUCUGGAAGGGCCAGACGCGGCGUGGAGUGACGGAGGGGUUCUGCGCAUUGUGUCUCACACGAGUCUGAAUCAUGUCCGCCGUCAAAGCCCUAAACCCGAAAGCCGAAGUGGCCCGAGCCCAAGCGGCUCUCGCGGUGAAUAUCAGUGCGGCCCGCGGCCUCCAGGACGUGCUGAGGACCAACCUCGGGCCUAAGGGGACCAUGAAGAUGCUUGUCUCUGGAUCUGGUGACAUCAAGCUUACCAAAGAUGGAAAUGUCUUACUUCAUGAAAUGCAAAUUCAGCAUCCGACAGCCUCUCUGAUAGCUAAAGUAGCUACGGCACAAGAUGACAUUACUGGAGAUGGAACCACCUCUAAUGUUCUGAUUAUUGGAGAACUUUUAAAACAAGCAGACCUUUACAUAUCUGAGGGUCUUCAUCCAAGAAUUGUCACAGAAGGUUUUGAAGCUGCAAAAAUUAAAGCACUUAAAGUUUUGGAUGAGGUCAAGGUGUCUAAGGAGAUGGAUAGAGAGACACUUAUCAAUGUGGCCCGGACAUCACUUCGCACCAAAGUCCAUGCUGAGUUGGCUGAUAUUUUAACUGAGGCAGUUGUGGAUUCUGUUCUUGCCAUAAGACAAGAUAAUGAGCCAAUUGACUUGUACAUGGUUGAAAUUAUGGAGAUGAAGCAUAAAACCGAAAGUGACACCACGCUUAUAAGAGGACUAGUACUUGAUCAUGGGGCUCGCCAUCCAGACAUGAAAAAGAGAGUUGAAGAUGCAUUCAUUCUGACAUGCAAUGUGUCUCUAGAAUAUGAAAAAACGGAAGUAAACUCUGGAUUCUUCUACAAAAGUGCAGAUGAGCGUGAGAAACUUGUUAAAGCGGAAAGGCAAUUCAUUCAGGAAAGGGUAAAAAAAAUCGUAGCUUUGAAACAGAAGGUGUGUGGUGAUUCUGGCAAAGGCUUCAUUGUGCUCAACCAGAAGGGAAUAGACCCAUUUUCCCUGGAUGCCCUUGCAAAGGAGGGGAUUGUUGCCCUCCGCAGAGCAAAGAGGAGAAAUAUGGAGAGACUAACAUUGGCCUGUGGUGGCAGUGCAAUGAAUUCAGUUGAUGACCUCACCCCAGACUGUUUAGGACAUGCUGGUCUUGUCUAUGAGUAUACAAUGGGUGAGGAGAAGUUUACUUUCAUAGAACAAUGUGACCAUCCACGCUCUGUCACCUUGCUUGUUAAGGGGCCUAAUAAGCACACCCUAACUCAAAUAAAAGAUGCCAUUAGGGAUGGCUUGCGAGCUGUUAAAAAUGCAAUUGAAGAUGGAUGUGUUGUGGCUGGUGCAGGUGCAUUAGAAGUUGCUAUAGCUGCUGCUCUUGUCAAGCACAAGCCUAAUGUGAAAGGACGAGCCCAGCUUGGUGUGCAAGCUUUCGCUGAUGCUCUUCUCAUCAUUCCCAAGGUUCUUGCUCAUAAUUCAGGAUAUGACCCACAGGAGACGUUGGUAAAACUUCAGACAGAAUAUGCUGAAACAGGCCAACUCAUUGGUGUAGACUUGAACACAGGCGAACCAAUGGUUUCUUCAGAGGCAGGAGUUUGGGACAAUUACAGUGUUAAGAAACAGCUUCUUCAUUCCUGCACUGUAAUCGCAAGCAAUAUCCUUUUGGUGGAUGAGAUUAUGAGAGCAGGAAUGUCAUCUCUGAAAGGCUGAAUUUAGCAUCUUUUCCCCCAACUUUAACAAUGGAGUAAAUAUGCUUAUUUCGGGCAUCCUGCAAAAGUUCACUGGUUCUGCAAAUCAACCCGGUUUUCAAAAUCUCAUGUCACUUAAAACUGUAAAACAAUAGCACCUAUUGAAGUUAAUUUGACCUAACCUUCAAAUUUUUAUUUAUUUCAUUUUUUUUAUAGCACUGAAGUAUACAAGUUAGCCCUUCCAGUCUUUGUACUGAAUUAAAAAAAAAUGCAGUUA